AUGGCAGAAGAACUGGCGCACGAUUACUCUGGCUACUUCAAGGCGUCCAAUCUGGAUCAGGAGCUGAAACCCAUCACGGUGGGGAUUGAUCGGAUGAUGUUGCGGUUGGAAGAGUUCGAAAAUUUGCUCGAACUCGUAAAGGCCGAAUCAGGUGUUGCAUUGACACAGAACGUGCCUAAACUGUUGGCUUUAAAACCCGAACUCGACAUUCUGUGCGAUCGUAUCGACAAGCUGGAAAAGUUUGUGUUGAUGGUUGGCCGGAACCUGGACGCGGUUGAGAAGCAGGUGCAGAUUGCAGAGGAAGAGCUGGACAUUCCGGACAAAACGAUAAACGUGCUGCUCAAGUCAUUGAACAUUUUUGGCAAACAGAAACCCACCGAACGGUUAACCAACCGUAACGCGAACGGAGUGUAUGAGCCGGUGGCUGUGUUCAAGACGGAACAAUACUUUCGACCAAACGGACCAGAACCAAACGUGACCAAUAGGUCAAGCCAAGAGGAUCCAUCAUCCUGCGAAGACUGUGAUACUGGAACACCGGAAAAGUGA